UAGAUUUAUUCUCCAACACGUGGCAUCAUCCCAUUUGUAAAAAUGCAUGAUUUGCAUCAGGAAAAAAUAAGAGAGGAAAACAAGAAGGAAAGAAAAUCAAGAAAGCCAUAAAAAUGUGGUAAUUUCUAUCUGUUUUUCAAUCUCCAUGGACAAGAAAUAGAGAAUCUGCGAUUGCUAUUUCCCUCCACAGUUCUCCAAACUCCCUCGCUCACUCUGACCGAACCCUGAAAAGAGUUUGGUUCCGUUUUCUCUUGUCUAUUGGGCACACAUUCCGGCCCUCUGUGAAUACAUUUCAAACCCAGAUUGAGUUCGAACCCGACUCUAGAAGCUUUAUGAAUCUUCUACCAGCGCAUCACCGCCUCCAAGGACUCCCCCUCUUCAUGGACCUUCGUCCCCACGAUGCGUGAUCUGCGUAGCCGACCACGCAGGAACCGGGCACUCAACAACCCUGUGCCGAAUCCGAUUACCCCGCAACCAGUACCCCACAACAGUGAGGAUCUUCUUUUAACUGUACGAGGUCGCCAGAGAAGGGCAGCCGAGCAGAACCGGACGAGUAAUAAGAACUCGAUCGGCGUUGCUGAGAGGAAUAUUGUGACGAAGAGAGGCCGCAAGGUCAUCAAAACGAGGUCGCCGAAGGGCAACAAAGUAUAUAGAGAAGAAGAGGAAGGGAUUAGGGUUUUUAGAGGGGGCGUUGAAGAAAAAGCGAUGGAUGAGUACGACAGCGGUGGCGGACGGAGCGGCGAUAAGGGGCCCGCAGCCGAGGACGAGGGCAGCACUGCGCCUCUUCCCGAGAAGGUCCAAGUUGGUGGUUCCCCAAUGUACAAAAUAGACAGAAAACUGGGUAAAGGAGGAUUUGGACAAGUGUAUGUUGGUCGACGUGUUGGUGCUACCAGUGUAAACGAAAGAACUGGCCCUGGAGCUGUUGAGGUAGCUUUAAAAUUUGAGCAUAGGAGUAGUAAAGGAUGUAAUUAUGGACCGCCGUAUGAGUGGCAAGUUUACAGUGCACUUGGUGGCAGUCAUGGUGUUCCACGAGUUCAUUAUAAGGGCCGGCAAGGUGACUACUAUGUCAUGGUCAUGGAUAUGCUUGGGCCAAGUUUGUGGGAUGUUUGGAAUAAUAACUCACACACGAUGUCUAUUGACAUGGUUGCAUGUAUUGCCAUUGAGGCCAUCUCCAUAUUAGAGAAGAUGCACUCUAAGGGAAUAUCUAGGUACUUUUGGGUGCCGUGGUUGAAGAGCAUUGUUCUCUUCCUUGGACCCAUCGACCUUUGUGUUCAAUUGUAUGACACAGUCUUCCAGAGUUAUUGCAUAUAUGUGCACGGGGAUGUGAAACCUGAGAAUUUUUUGCUUGGUCCUCCUGGGACUCCUGAAGAAAAAAAGCUAUUUCUUGUAGACCUUGGAUUAGCCACCAGGUGGCGAGACAGUGCAACUGGCUUGCAUGUUGAGUAUGACCAACGUCCAGAUGUUUUCAGGGGAACUGUCCGGUAUGCUAGUGUGCAUGCUCAUCUUGGUAGAACUGGUAGCAGGAGGGAUGACUUAGAAUCACUUGCUUACACUCUUGUUUUUCUUCUCCGUGGCCGAUUGCCAUGGCAAGGAUAUCAGGGGGACAAUAAAGGAUUCCUUGUAUGCAAGAAGAAAAUGGCCACUUCCCCAGAAUCUCUGUGUUGCUUUUGUCCUCAGCCUUUUCGACAGUUUGUUGAGUUUGUGGUAAAUUUGAAGUUUGAUGAAGAACCUAACUAUGCAAAGUAUAUCUCCCUCUUUGAUGGGAUUGUUGGUCCAAAUCCGGAUAUCAGGCCAAUUAACACUGACGGCGCUCAAAAGCUUAUAUGUCAGGUUGGACAUAAGAGAGGACGAUUGACCAUGGAGGAGGAAGAUGAUGAACAACCAAAGAAGAAGAUUCGAAUGGGGAUGCCUGCAACUCAAUGGAUUAGUGUUUACAAUGCUCGCCGGCCUAUGAAGCAAAGAUUUCACUAUAACGUAGCAGAUGUAAGGCUCUCCCAACACAUUGAGAAAGGAAAUGUGGAUGGAUUAUAUGUCAGUAGUGUGGCUUCAUGUUCAAACCUUUGGGCCCUUAUCAUGGAUGCUGGCACUGGAUUUACCGCUCAAGAGCACGAACUCUCACCCUAUUUUCUUCACAAGGAAUGGAUCAUGGAACAAUGGGAGAAGAAUUACUACAUCAGUGCAAUAGCAGGGGCUAAUAAUGGGAGUUCGUUAGUUGUGAUGUCGAAGGGGACACAGUACUUACAGCAGUCUUAUAAAGUCAGUGAUUCAUUUCCAUUCAAGUGGAUCAACAAAAAAUGGAGGGAGGGGUUUUAUGUUACUGCCAUGGCUACUGCUGGGACUAGAUGGGCAAUUGUUAUGUCUCGUGGUACUGGAUUUUCUGACCAGGUUGUGGAACUAGAUUUUCUCUAUCCUAGUGAAGGUAUUCAUCGAAGGUGGGACGGUGGUUACCGAAUCACAUCAACUGCAGCAACUUGGGAUCAGGCUGCUUUGGUUCUUAGUUUUCCUAGAAGAAAACCUGCAGAUGAAACUCAAGAGACUCUCCGAACUUCUGCUUUUCCCAGUACACACGUCAAGGAGAAAUGGGCAAAGAAUCUUUAUAUUGCGUCUAUCUGCUAUGGUCGAACUGUUUCAUGAACUACCAAAGUUCUGUUAGGAUGCCACUUAAUGUAUUUUUGACCUCACUUUUAUGAUCCAUGAAUGGGUGGGCUCUUACCAUCUAGUUUUUCUCAAGAAGCGAAGAUCAUGUCGAGGCAAAUUUACUGAUCAUAGCAUUUUGGAGAUGAUGUAUGCUAAACUCUUCUUUAUUGCUGCCAUCACAUAGCAUCUGUUACAAACACCUGUGCACUGUCUUUAAAUUGCGUCAAAAUGCUUAUGAGGCUAAUUUUAAAUCGUAUAUCCACCUGCAAGGUGCUUAAUUUUUCCUAUCAUUACAAAGUUUGUAUAGGUUUGAACAAUAAUCACAUGGCUGAAGGCAUGUUCACAGGAGAGCAUUUUGAUUGUUGAUGGUAUUUUCAGACGUACAAUUAUUAUUUUGCUGUGGGCUUUGGACAUUCUCAGCUGUUAACCCUGUAUCUAGUCCUUUUUUUAUUCUCCUUUCUGGUCUUGAAAGAUAGUUUCUGGGUUGUCAGAAUUUGACUUGAAAGGAAGUGGUUGUACACUUUGAGCAAGAGUUUGUAAUGAUCUCUUUAUUAUUGUUUUUCUUCAUGUUAUAUUUUAAUUGCAAUCUUCUGCACCUCCCUUUGACCAGCAUGGUACAUAAGGUGCAUGGCUUGUCUAAGUAUACCAAGGUGUUAUGUGUUUAUCUCAUUUUUUUACUUACAAGAAAGUGCAUCAAAGUGCUAUUUUUGUGUUUGACACAAUCAUGGAAGUUGGUCUUUUUUUUUCCCCUCCUUAAAGCAGCCAUUUUUCCCCUUGUACAAUUCUUUUCUCACCAUCUGUAACAUGACCCCAGUGGUUUCUACAAUCUAGAUUUUGAACUGGUCACCAGAGUACAUAUUGUCUGGCUGACCUGUUCAAGUUCAGAAAUUUCAUAAUAGUUUUCUUCAUAUUUGCAUGUGCAUGCGCAUGUCUUAUAUUGUGUGUACACACAGGCCACGGGAAUACAUAGAUAUGACUUACUCAUGUUCAUUGCAUUUGACUGUCUUAGAGGCAGCAGCAGUUGGCUGUUUUUUGAUGCAGUGAUCAGUUGCAAGUAUAUUUUUUGUGGAAGAGUUUAGAUCAGUUGUGGGCCACUUGAGUACUUAUUUGCCUUGCUGGUUUGUAGGUUCAUUUAUAUAGAACUUGGCAAUAUGAAUGUGCUAAAUGUUAAGUGUUUUAGCAUCAAAGAUUAGGUAGUUGAUGGUGGAGGAGCCGGAUAACCUCUCCAAUAUGUGUUUGGAGACUGGGGGUCUGUCGGCUAAAGAAGAUGGGUAUUCAUUGGGCACUGACAAUAAGGAGUCGGGGUCUUUUGAUGAUGAAAUGCUCCUAAGGCAUUCUCAAGGUUGUUUAGAUAUCAUUGGGGUGGAAGAAGUCUUGCUGGUGGAAGAUACUUAUAGACAGGGAGUUCAAGAGACAGAAGUUGUUCUGAACAGCUUAGUUCCCAUACAGGUAGCUGAGGAAACGGGGAUGGUACAAGCUGAAGAGAGUGAACCAGUCCCUUUAAACUUCUUGAGCCUAGAACAGCCCAGGAUUUCAGACUGGGUUUUAAUACGGUAAAGGAUAUUCAACAUUUGGUGGGUUUGAGGUGUGAAGGUUAUGAAGAGCAGUUUAUGGGUCUACUUACAGCAAUUGAAACAGGCCAUCAUCAACAUAGACAAGCAGAGUCAAAAAAAGCAGAGAGAACUGAGAAGGUUGAAUUGGUCCAUGAAUUCAGAAGGAAGUGCAAGCAAGGAAAGGACCAAAGGGAAGGAAGGGUGUGGCAUAUUCCAAAUGAAACCAAAAAUUGUAUCGUGGAAUGUCCGCGGGUUAAACGAGGACAAUAAGCGUCUACAAAUAAGACACUUGUUGUGCGAGUGGAAGGCGGACAUAGUGUGUUUACAGGAGACAAAGCUGAAAAUUAUUAGUAGAAACUUGGUGCGAAGUAUAUGGAGCUGCACAUAUGUAGAUUGGGUAUACUUGGCAGCCGAAGGGGUAUCGGGUGGAAUUCUAGUGAUGUGGGAUAGAAAAGUGGUGGAGAAAAUUGAGGAGUUUGUAGGAGUAUACUCGGUGGCCUGCUCUUUUAGAAGUGUGGCAGAUGACUUUUUGUGGGCUUUUGCAGGUGUAUAUGGUCCUAACCUAGACUAUGAGAGAAGAUUAUUAUGGGAAGAAUUGGCUGGAGUACAUAGCCGAUGGGAUCUUCCAUGAUGUAUAGGCGGAGACUUCAAUGUAACUAGAUUCCCAAUUGAGUGUUUUGGGAAUAGAAGAAUGAGGCCAGCUAUGACAGAAUUUUCGAAGUGCAUCUUUGAUUUGAAUUUAGUGGAUUUACCACUAGCGGGUGGGUACAUGUACCUAGUCGAAUAAUCAUACAUGGUCUAGACUAGACAGAUUUCUAAUCUCACUAGAGUGGGAAUGUCAUUUUCCUGAUGUGUGGCAAAAGAGAUUGCCGCGUUUGAGUUCGGAUCAUUGGACUAUUUUGUUGGAUUGUGGAGGGGUCCAAAGGAGGCGUAGGUCCUUCAAAUUCGAAAAUAUGUGGUUGAAGGCGGAUGACUUUGAGGAAAAGGUCAGGCAAUGGUGGACUUCAUAUCAGAUACCAAGAACCCCUAGUUUCAUUUUUGCGGGUAAACUGAAAGCUCUAAAAAAAGAUCUAAAGCUGUGGAACAGACAAUCUUUUGGCGAUAUAGGGGAGCGUAAAAAAAGCAAGGAGGUGGAGAUCAAAGGUCUGGAAAGAAUACAAGAAAACUGGCCCUUAACACAAGAAGAAAUAGCUGUAAAAAAGGAGUUGGAAGCAGAUCUGGAAAGAAUAGUAGUUCUUGAAGAGACAUCGUGGUGUCAGAAGUUAAGAGCGUUAUGAUUGAAGGAAGGAGACCGAAGCACCAAGUUCUUCUACAGAAUAGCUAACUCACAUAGAAGAUACAACAACAUUGAGAUGCUGAAAAUAGAAGGAGUGGAGUGUCGGGAUGAGUCUGUGAUAAACCACAAUGUAGUUGACUUUUUUGAACAAUUACUUUCUGAACAGGUGGUUUGGCAGCCGAAACUGGAAGGGCUUGGCUUUGAUUCCAUUGAACAUAUUGAUGUAGACCGACUAGAGAGGCCUUUUGAGGAGUUGUAGGAUUUUGAAGUUGUGAGGAAAAUGGUUAAAAACAAGGCGCCGGGCCCUGACGGUUUCUUUAUGGGUUUCUUUCAAACUUGCUGGGUUGUAAUAAAAGAUGACCUAUUGAAGGUGUUCCAAGAGUUCUACUCAGCCGGAAAGUUUGAAAAAAGCCUUAAUGUUACUUUUCUCGCACUAAUUCCAAAGAAGGUGGGGCCGAGGAGAUUAAGAAGUUUCGACUUAUUAGCUUAGUAAAUGGGGUUUACAAGAUAAUUUUCAAGGUGCUAGCGAAUCGUCUGAGUAACGUAGUGGGGAAGCUUAUUUCGAAACCUCAGAAUGCAUUUGUUAAGGAUAGACAAAUCCUAGUUGCGGUUCUUAUUGUGAAUGAAUGCCUAGACAGUCGGUUGAAAUCUGGUGAGGCAGGGAUUAUAUGCAAGCUAGAUAUGGAGAAGGCGUAUGAUCAUGUCAACUAGGAGUUCCUUCUUGAUCUUUUGGGGAAAUGCGGGUUCGAAGAGAAAUGGUGUUCAUGGAUUAGGUGGUGUAUAUCAACGGUGAAAUUCUCCGUCUUGAUAAACGGAAACCCAACUGGUUUCUUUUGUAGCACAUGAGGCUUAAGAUAAGGAGAUCCGUUAUCCCCUUUACUCUUUGUGAUUAUGAUGGAGGCACUGAGCCAAACGUCAUCAACCUUGGUUACGAAUGGGUUGCUCAUUGGAUUUAAGAUUGGAUCUCCGAAUAGGGGACUUGUUAAUGUAUCUCAUUUAUUGUUUGCAGAUGAUACUCUUUUCUUUUGCAAAGCAGUCCCUAACCAGAUUCGAAUUUUGAAGGCCCUUCUCCUUUGUUUUGAAGUAACUUAUUGAACGUUAAUUUGGGAAAAUCCGAGAUGGUGCCUAUUGGACGUGUUCGGCAUAUUAGACAGUUGGCUAGUAUAUUGGGAUGCAUGACUGCAUCUUUACCCAUGACUUAUCUGGGACUUCCACUGGGGGUGACCUUGAGAGCGGCUUCUUUAUGGGACUCAGUUAUUGAGAAAGUGGAAUGUCGGCUAGCUGGAUGGAAGAGGUUAUAUUUGUCAAAAGGUGGUCGGAUUACACUAAUUAAGAGUAUUCUUUCUAAUCUACCCACCUAUUUUUUGUCAUUAUUUCUUGUGGGGUGGACUGGGUGUGGAACAAAAAUUUCACCUCGUUAGGUGGGACAAGGUAUGUAGCCCUAUCUCGAACGGGGGUUUGGGCAUCAGAGAUAUGGGAACUUUCAAUUAGGCGUUACUAGGUAAAUGGCUGUGGAGAUAUCAUAAGGAACCUGAAGCCUCUUGGAAGACGAUAAUAGAGAGCAAAUAUGGGGACCUAUGGGGGGGUUGGUGUACAUAAAAAGUGAGAGGAGCGCAUGGAGUGGGUUUGUGGAUACAUAUAAGAAAAGGGUGGGAGGUUUUCAUUCGUUAUACCCGAAUCCGUUUAGGAGGAGGAACCCGUAUUAAGUUUUGGUACGAUACUUGGUGUGAUCAUGUGGCACUAAAGGAAUCUUUUCCUUUGUUAUUCAGAGUUGCAAGAGAUAUUGAUGCCUUAGUAGCAGAUGUACUGGAAAGAUUAGGGGAGAAAAUUCAAUGGAAUAUCAUAUUCAGUAGGGCAGCACAAGACUGGGAGAUGAGCAGUAUUGAAGCCUUUUAUAGCCUUUUGUAUGCUACUAAACCAGAUAAUUUAUAGGAUAGUUUAUGGUGGAUACCUACAGUUAAAGGUACUUUUUCGGUGUGCUCUUUUUAUAAGUCUCUUUCCCAAGAGAUACCUAUUCAGUUCCCAUGGCGAAAGAUAUGGAGACAUAAGGCGCCACUCAAAGUAGCUUUUUUUGUGUGGACUGCAGCAUUGGGUAAGAUUCUCACAACUGAUAAUUUAAGGAAGCGCAUGGUGAUCAUCAUAGAUUGGUAUUGCAUGUGUAGAAAGGGAGGUGAAUCGGUGAACCAUCUCUUAAUACACUGUGAGGUAGCGAGAAGGCUAUGGAAUGAGGUACUUGGCAGAAUGGACUUGGCUUGGGCUAUGCCGGAGAAGGUGGUCAGGGUAUUGGCCAGUUGGAAAAAUCUGAGAGGAAAUCAACAGAUAAAAGCAGUAUGGAAGAUGAUCUCUAUAUGCAUCAUGUGGUGUCUAUGGAGAGAGCGCAAUGACAGGACGUUCAAGGACAAAGAGAGAUCAAUGGAGGAAUUGAAAUUUUUUUCUUUAGAACUCUUUGUCCAUGGAUCUUAGCGGUUGAUUUCAAUGGUUUGGGGCUACAUGAGUUCCUUAUAUCCAUUGUUCAUAUCUAGAUGUGGUCACUAAUCUUUGUGUCUGGCUUUUGCCUUCUUUUGAUAAUAUAAUUUAUUUUACUUAUCAAAAAAAAAAAAGAUUAGGUAGUUAUGCUCAAGGUCUUGGAAGCAGAAACAUUGAAGGCAAAGCUCCUUGCAUCCAUGCAGAAUUAGAAAAAAACUUUGCUACCAAGAAAAACCCCAGUAUUCCACUUGGUACCACUUAAGAUUCUGUUGGCAUAAUCAUACCAAGACUCUACCCUGGGCCUUGAUGCCAUGGAAUCUGACUGAAAUGAGAUAUACUCAAGGUGGUUGCAAUCCUUCAUCCACAGUGGCACUACAUGAAAAGUUGGAGUCAUCAGGUUGAAUGGUAUGAAAUUCUUUUUCAAACCCCAACCCCCAAACAACACACAAGUAUCUCUUAGAUGAUCAUUUUUGGGCGAUUGAUGACUGUGCAUUCAUUUUGAUGCAUGCAAAUAAUGCAGUCGGAAAUUGGCUUGUUCUGCACGCAUUUAAUAUCUGAGCACCUGUUUAAUAGUCAAUCUCCAAACAAUCACAAGCUUUUCUUUCACUUCAUUACCAAUUUCAGCUUUGGGAUAGAGCCAUCUAUGGAUCUUUUUACUGUCUUGGCUACUAAAUUCAAUAACAUCAAAAUGGAGUUCACAGUGCACACUUUAUUGAGUAGGGAAAUAAUUUAUUUAUCAGAGAAGUCGACCGAACUUCCUGUACCUAUGUAUACCAAAAUAGUGGAGUUGUUGAAAGAACUUUUGCUUCUUCUCCAACGUAUUUCUUUUUGUCUUUUCUUUCCUUUUAUUCAAGGUGUAGUGUUGUACUUGACUAUAUUCCAACCAUUUAGAUGGUCCUUGAGUCAUUGGAGGUUCCAAAUGUGAAUACUUCCCAAUAAUUCUGGUCUUGAACUUUUUGUUGCACUUUUGGGAGGUGUGUGACAGAAAAGUGAAAGCAGCUUGAGUCUCCUGGAGCGGGGAAUUAUGUCGCCUCUUUUGUGGUGGUUUCUUAAAUUUCUCGAGAUUUUGAAUGUCAAGGUGAUUGUCUUACCGAUUGCUGCUCUUUCCUUGAAUGAAGGGAAAUUAUGCUAUGCAUACUGUAAUAAUUAGUUUAGUAGUUAAGUCGUCUUCUAAGACCACUGGAGGUUAUUUUUUUGUUGGUGGGUUGGGGGGGAGGGGGGGAUUGAGCCCCUAACAUGGUAGCACAGAAAAGGUGCCAGAUGAUUCUAGGCUUCUAUGCCUUUCUUUGGCAACCAUUAGUUUAGUUUUGUGUGAUAUCGUGUACAGUGUUAGGGAUAAUCGAUUAAAAACGAUUAAGCUGUUGAAUUGCUGGAAGAUGCUUUAAAAAAAAAAAAAAAAAGAAAUAAAAAUUAUGUAGGCCAGAUUGUCCAGUAAAUCACGCCAAGCUUUGCUAGGUUAAAGUGCAUUAAGAGAGCUGGGAAAGAGAGAGGAUAAACGAUUGAAUGUCUUUUCUAGUCUUGUGAGCUACCGAUUGUUUUCCUUCUUAAAGAAGAUUUGUUGAGAAAGUGCCUAAAAGACAUGCCUGCCUGUAAAUGUUCGUUCAAAGAAAUAGGUUCAAUUCAUGCAUAAAAUGGAAUUGAUUUUCUCGGGUUAUAUUGAUAAGCUUUGAUCUUAUAACACCAGUUUGCAGUUAUUUUUCCACAGGUGGAAGGGCCCGGCCCCUCUGUGAGCGAGCUUCGGCGUUGAUAUGGCCCUGUUUAAAUGCAAUUUAGGUGUCACGAAUUUUAUUUUACAACUGAAGAAAUACAUCAAAUCGUGAGCUUUCUACUUAAUUUGAUCCCAUUUGAAUACUAAUAAAUACAUGUAAUCUCGAUUAUUGAUAUUAUUGUUCAAAGACUAAAUUUAUAAAUUAUUUCGUUUUGUAUUCUGUCAA